AGAAGAAAACCUGAAAAUGGUUGAAGAGAGUUCGUCGGAAAAAACGAACAGCAGCCGUACCAGGCGUGCGACAAACACCACAAUCUCAGCAGCCGGUAACUUGGUAAAGCUUCUCCCAACAGGCACAGUGUUCGUGUUCCAGUUCUUGAACCCCGUCGUCACCAACAGUGGUCAAUGCAACACCGCCAACAAGUGGCUCAGCGCCAUUCUCCUUCUGCUCUGUGGCUUCAGUUGCGCCUUUUCCUCUUUCACUGAUAGCUACACAGGCAGUGAUAAUCAGAGGCACUAUGGCUUCGUAACACGCAAGGGACUCUGGCCUUCUCCGGCUUCCGAGUCCGUUGAUUUGUCAGGAUACAGACUCGGGGUUUCGGACUUCGUCCAUGCUGGUUUAUCUUUGUUAGUGUUUGCGGUGUUGGGGCUGUUGGACACCAACACCGUGCACUGUUUCUACGGUGGUUUUGAGUCAACUCAGAAGACUCUGCUUCAGGUGCUGCCCACAGUUAUUGGGGUGUUAGCUGGUUGGGUGUUCAUGAUUUUCCCCAAUACUCGCCAUGGAAUUGGGUACCCUUUAACUUCUGAUUCUAACGAAACCACCCCAAAGUCCACUGAUACUAUUACCGACCCUCAGAAAAACCCGACUGACAAUGUUUAGCAUUAAUAACACUU